AUGGAUCCGCAGGAAUUAGUACCGCUAGAAUCGGGACUGCCCCGACCUCGUCCGUCUCGUCAGUUCAGCCACAUCAACCGUUCUUGCUACAAGGGACCCUUAAGGAUUUGUCGUCUGAUACUGCUCAUGAUAGUGCUGCCAUGCUUGUUCAUAUUCAUCCCGCUAUACAUGAGGUACCGAGUAUUUUCAGGACAGAUCUAUCCAAUGGGUAUGACAGAUAUGCGUCUUAUUGACAGCAAGAUAUCACCCACGUGGUGUCAGAGACAGGUGGUAAAAUCCAAUGCUACCUUCAAUGCCUUCGUGGUCCCAGGACCUCCGGAGCUGAUGGAUGAACUGGUUCCCGUCUCCAUGGUCCGGGAACUUCAGCUUGAAGAUGACAUGAAGGAAUACUGGGGCUUCUAUCUAUUACAAGGAUCCACUGUCACUGUUUCAUCUUGUGUCAGAUGGCCAGGAGCGUCACUUAUCAUGAUCAAAGGCUACAAACACCUCCAGGAAUGCGCGUACAUUGGAGAUGAUUCUUCUGAAGAGCUCGAUGAGCUCAUAGAAGCUCACAAACUGGGACUCCUCUCCAACACGACUCUUCUUGAGAAACUGACGCAGUUAAAUAAAGAAAAUGGAAAGGCCAACCAUCCUGGUACAAUGAAACGUCACAAGGCCGGCGUUAGUUUCCAUGAUCCGAGCCAAUCAAAUCAAACGAUGAACGACGCGUCAUCAGAGAAAGUACCUUCGCUUGACAUCACGGACCAUGAUCCUAAGGAACUUCGAGCAAUACUAGACUAUCUUCACGAUAUACGUGAAGCAGCUAAAAUAGAAAAGGCCAAGUACUACCAGCCUCCUUCACAUCUAAUGCCUCUACCAGGACUACACAGACAUAGAGACACGAACGUGGACAGAGACGAGAGGAAAUGGAUCUCAUUUAAAGAUAUCGAUGGAAAUAUCAAAGAAAAUGUUACAUCUAGCAGUAAUAUUACUUCAACUGAAUCACUCAAUACAACAUCACACCAAGUACCUAACGAACAUACAUACAAGAGCUCCAAGAAUAUAACGAACGAAAACAGUAUUAAAGAUGAAACUUUAGUGAACAAGAAGACUGUAUUGGAGAAAAGAAAUGAUACUAAAGAAAUGAAGGAAGAUCAAAGCUCCAAAGAAGUGUUUGAAAAUGUAUUGAAGCAACUCCAAGAUUUGGGUGACAGAGGAAAAAGAGUUUUGGUCAAACUGCACCAAACUAUGGCAGUUAAUUUUAACGAAUCAUCUUCAGAUACGUUGACUGGUAGUGACGAAGAAUUGGAUCACUUGAGACGAGUUUUAGUAGAAGCUAUCGAUGAAGAAAAAACUCGAGGACAGAGACAAAAAAAACGCCGCGAAUCGUUUGUAGAGGCAAGAAAUAAAAGAGAAUUGAUGUUGGGUCGUGAAGAAUUGAAGAAAGAAUUGACGGAAGACGAUGCAGCCAGAGAUUACGCCGCUGAGGAAGGUCUGGAACCAGACGGGUUCGCGGAUCACCACGACCAAAUCAAUGAGACCACAGCCUUCGAUAUGUCGAACUCUGAGUUCUGGUCGUCUUUCUCUAGUAGCGAGGAGGCGCUGCUGGAGUGUGAGGGUCUCAUACUGAACCUGCCUCUCACUCCUCACGCGUCGUGUACACCGGGAGCUUCGGAGAAGGAUGUUAUGGAUGCGGCAGCGGCUAAUGCACUCACUUACAGGGUUCCAGCUAACGGAUACUAUUUCUUUGUAUUCAAUUCUGAGAACGAAGUUCAAGUCAACCACAUAAGAGCGAGGUUUGAUCUUCAGAAGACAAGAUAUGAAGUGACCCGCGCAGCGUUACGAGCUUGUACAAACGCGACCAGUCGCUGUGACCUGCCUCUCGAUAUGUUUUCUACGCAGAAGGUGGUUUUAGAACUUCCUUUGAGGAACAAUGAUUCUCUAUGGAAUGAACAGUUUGUUAUUAUUUCAGAGUGUGAACCUCGUACCUCCGUGUAUUUGACUUGCGCCAUCGCUGUACCUAUACUCAUACUGGCAUUUGCAUUUCAAUAA